AUGCUACCUGCGCUGAACAGACGCAUAUACCGAAUACCAGUUGUGCGAACGGGCCAUCCACUUGGCACAUUGUUCCUUCGCAGUUUUACGGCGUCCCCUCUCCGUCGACGAUUUGCCGCAACCUUUGCGCACGACGAAGACGACAUGGCGACCCCAGACGGCAAGGUGCCGAAAGCCUCGGCGGUUACGCUGAAGACCCCUAAGGGUACGCGGGACUGGAGCGGGCAGGAUAUGUUGCUGCGCGAGGAAGUCUUCAAAAUGAUCACUGAUGUUUUCAAGAAGCAUGGUGGCACUCCUCUGGAUACUCCUGUGUUUGAGCUGAAAGAGAUUCUUUCUGGCAAAUAUGGCGAGGAUUCCAAGCUCAUCUACGACCUGCAAGACCAGGGCGGCGAGCUCUGCUCUCUUCGAUACGACCUGACAGUUCCCUUUGCCCGUUGGCUCGCCAUGAACAACAUCCAAGCUGUAAAGCGCUACCACAUUGCCAAGGUCUACAGAAGAGACCAGCCCGCCAUUGCCCGGGGACGAUAUCGCGAGUUCCACCAGUGCGAUUUCGAUAUCGCCGGCGUGUACGAUCCCAUGAUUCCCGAUGCUGAGGUGCUGCGGAUUAUCGUUGAGGUGUUUGAAGCUCUGGAGCUUGGGGUCACUAUCAAGCUCAACCACAGACAAGUUCUUGACGGCAUGUUCGCCGUGGCAGGCGUCACCCCCGAGAAGAUUAGAACAAUUAGCUCGGCUGUCGACAAGUUGGACAAGAUGUCCUGGGAAGAUGUAAAGAAGGAGAUGGUGGAAGAGAAGGGCCUUGCUAGCGAGGUUGCUGACCGAAUUGGCGAGUAUGUCCGUCAUGCGGGAACAAUCUCCGAAACGCUACAGCUCCUCAAGUCCAGAGAAGAGCUGGUCGCUAAUGAGCAAGUCAAGCGUGGUCUCGAUGACAUGACCCUGCUUGCUUCAUAUGUUGAGGCUUUCGGCAUUGCCGACAAAAUCUCCUUUGAUCUCUCUCUUGCCCGAGGCCUCGACUAUUACACUGGCUUAAUCUACGAAGUUAUCAAUCUGCCUCCCAAGGCUGAAGAGGGCCAGGCUUCCGGCAAGAAGUCAAAGAAGGACGAUCCUGCCAGCCAAGUUGGCAGCAUUGCUGCUGGCGGCCGCUACGACAACCUGGUUGGCAUGUACGGCAAGCGACAGAUCCCAUGCGUGGGUAUUUCUUUUGGUGUUGACCGCAUCUUCACCAUCUUGGAAGCACGACGCAGAAAGGACGGUCUCAAGCAAAGGCGAGACGUCGACGUGUAUGUCAUGGCUUUUGGAGACAAGUCGUCCAACGGUCUCCUUCUUGAACGCAUGUCAGUGGCCCAGAGAUUAUGGAGCGCCGGAAUCCGCGCAGAGUUCUCCCCCAAGGUCAAACCUAAGCUGCCCCAGCAGUUUAAGGCUGCCGAAGGUGUACCUCUGGGUGUCAUUUUGGGUCAGACGGAGCUCGAUGCUGGCCAGGUCCGACUCAAACUCCUGGGACAAGGAGAGAACAAGGGGGAUGAUAAGCCUGCGGAAAAGGAUGAUGGAAAGCUGGUAUCACUGGACGAAUUGGCCGAUGAAGUCAAAAAAUUACUUGUCUAG